CAGAUAGCAUACCCUUCAACCUGAUUAUAAUUCAUUAACCAUGUUUUCUCUACGGUCUAUAUUCCUUACUGUUUUACAGCUGCACCUAGCGCAAGCAAGCAAACCGCAGAUUGGGUUUGAAUUAGAAAGCUUUGAUAUGUCCCUUUUCAACUUUCGCUGUUCAGAGGAUGACUAUUAUUCUAUGAAAGGCCAUCAAGUAGCAGGCCAAAGAGGCAACAACUGGUUCCUCGGUGUGGAUGAUACGCCGGCCAAGACUUGGAGGUUGAAUCCUGAAUACGAUAUACGUUGCGAUUUAGGUGAUCUGGAAUCGCUGAAAGGCAUAACCCAGGAGGUUAAACAAAGUAUGCGUUUCCUUGGUUACGCUAAACAAGUUUGGGUCCAGAAUAAUCAAGGCAAGAAGGACGUCUGCAACCCUUGGAAGCCCAGACAGCUCUUUUCUGCCCUGUCUAAAUCGCCUGACAAGGCUAUAUGGAAUCUACAAGCUACAGCGCCUCUCAUGCUUGAGGGUAUACAAGAUCUCUUGACUACAGCCGUCAAGAAAGAAAGGAACCCAUUGGUAGGGGUUUCUUCCAGAGCGAAUUUAGUUUAUAUCCAGAAAAGCUGGAUAGACUCCAACCAAUUCUUGAAAGAGGCAACUGGUGGUUCGUACUGGGCUACGCAGGACAUGCUAGGUUUCUUGUCGGUCGUAUCAUCGACUAUGCGAGCCGCAACGGAGCUUAGUGCACCCUUUUACCAACCAGGCAGGAAAUUCCUAUACUCGCUAGGGCCUAAAGGCUUGAUAUGGAUCAUGCCGCGUCACUACUGGACUUCGGUGUUCAGUCUAGUCAGGGACAAGAUGCCUAAAGAUGUUAAGCUUUGGGAUAUUCUUGAACAUCUGGCGUGUUAUCGAAACACUGUAGAUGGUCAGCUUCAGCUAGAUGAGAGAUUCUGUGACGAUACAGGGGACAAGAGAAAGCCUCAGCCGAAUGGAAAUCUGCAAAAGCUGGCUUGGUCGCUUAAGGGCGGGAAAGAUCCUUUGACUGUUAAGGAGUGGAUUGACAGUAUUCAGUCUACAUCUACUAAUGGUCAUGACCUCCCAGAUGCUCUCAGUGAAUGGGAUGAAAAGCAUUUCGACGGCCAGAUCGGUGGCUUUAGUAGGCUCGGGAAGCCUUUUGAGACCGCUUUAGGCUCAAAACGCAAGAUUGCACUCUGGGAGUUUCGCGGAUUAGGCGAUAUUACACAAAGCCAAAUAUCACAACAUCUUGAGGCAAUUCAGGUCCAGGUUGUAAAAUUUCACAAGAGGUACUCUAAAUCACUGCCAUCUUAAUCUAAUAAACUUACUCCCUUUGGUUAUUG